AUGGCAUUUCAUCGACCCCGACCCCCCAAUCGAACAACUCAUAGACUAGCUACUGAUAGAGAACUUGAGCUAGAACAAAUUAACCAGAUUUUGAGAGAUGAAUUAUCCACCGAAAUUUCUCAUAAUAAAGCUAACGAAAAAUGGAUAUCUCGGCUAGAACGUGAUCUCAUUAAUUGCGAGAAAGAGAUCAAUCGAAAAGAGAUUGCUAUUGUAGCAUCUAAUGAAGAAAUUAAGGAACUUCAGACUGAGAUCUCGUCUCUGAAAAAAGAUCUUUAUCAAACCCGAAAAGAGAUCCGAGACAAUAACAAUUAUACCACUGACAUAGAAAACAAGUUACAAGAAUGUUAUGAGAUUAUAUCCAGUUUGAAACAGAGAAUCAAAGUUAUCUCAUCCCGUGGAAAUUCACCAGUUCGAAAUAAUUCACCUGAUAUAUAUUCACCCCCAGAAGAUCCAGAUAUGGCGAAUCUUGACCUUUUUAUACAAAUCGAACGAGGCUUAAAUCGCAUUAAAAAUCACAUCCAAGGUGGUGGUACUCCAUUAAAUAAUCCUAUCAAUAUUAUAGAAGGUAUUAGAGGUUCCUUAAAUACUGUUCGGCAUAAUUAUCAAUCUGUAUACCAGGAUAUAGAUGGUGUUAUAGCCCAACGAGAUGAUCGGAAUAAUCAAGUAUUGCAGUUGCAACAAGAUGUCAAUUUCUAUAGACAACGAAAUACUAACCUUCAGAAUCAAACCAAUCAACUUACUCAGGAGCGAGAUACCUUGCAGAAUCGCGUCAACCAACUUAUACCAGAACGAGAUACCUUGCAAAAUCACGUCAAUCAACUUAUACUAGAACGAAAUACUUUGCAGAAUCGUGUCAAUCAACUUGCUCAAGAUCUUAAUAACAGCCAACAAGGAUAUAAUUUGCGAGGGCGUUUGUGGCAUAAUGCAAGUCUGAUAUGGAAUGAACAGUCAAAACUCAAACGUACUCUUGAAAUUAUUUAUAAGGUAUCUAUUUACCGGCUAAUGCGGGAGUUGCAACAAUGCCGGGCUGAUAAAGGAUUAUUAGAAUAUAAUCGAGAUCAGCUCUUUGAUAGAUAUUACAAUAAAUUCAAGGAUCGCAAGGCAAGUCAUAUCAAAUGGAAAAAUAGGGAGCAAGGUAGACGUUUACCCGUAUUAAAAUUAAUCCAACCCGCUCUUGCAAGUAUUUCACCCUAUAUUGGUCAAGAACCUCCUGAUGAUUAUUUUGAUAAGGUUAUACAAUCAUGGGCAUUUGCUGAGGGACAUAUGACGGUUCUUGAAAAUGCCCAUGCAGGAGAUUUCGAUGAUGCAGUUAAAUGUACUAUCUUAAAAUCAAAGAUGGCUGGAAAAUAUGCUCCAGUACCAGCUAAUGACCCAUAUACUAUUGGCAAUCCAGCUAUUAAUUCUCCAGCAACUUUGCGAGUAUGGGCAAGAACAAAAUAUCAACGAGAGACAGUCGGAACUAAACAAUCUGCAAUUCAGAGAUUAACUCAAGAAAGAUUUCAACCAUUUGAUACUCCAGAUACCUAUGAAACUAGAAUUCGACCUCUUUUAUUGGGUGUACCCAAUGAUGAUGCUCAAGUCUUAGGAUUUCUUAAAAGUCAAUUGCCAGAACGUACUCCAAACCUGUAUGGAGGAUCAAAUUAUGAUCAAGUCUCAGCUAGCUUUUCAGCUAAUAUAUCACCUAUAAUUUCUCAUCCAGAAACCAGCUCACGCCAAUUACAAAAUAAAUCGCAUUCUAAUAGUAGUGAUAUAACUCGAGCUGAAAUAGAUAGUAUGAUAAAAUCACAAUUAGCUUUAGUACCAACCACUUCUCUUCAGCCUACACAAUCAAUUUCUCAAAGACAAGAAGGACAAUUAUUACGACCCAGUCAAAUGGAACCAGUAAAGGAGUAA